CAAUAGUUUUCACUGUAAAGAAAGUGCAGGGAGUGUUUUGCAACCUGGUAGUCUAGAGUUGAACUGGAGAAUACAUGCUGAAGCUUUUUGAUGGAUCAUAUUCGAAAAACGGUCUUUUGAAACCCUGCUGUAAACAGCCAAAGGAGCAUUUUGCUUAUCUGACAGUCACUGGUUAGCAUUGCAUAACUGGAUACAUUUACUUAACUCUUUAACUGUCUAAUGCUAUAUGGUCAUAAGUCUUCGUGCAUUUAAUGUGCUUUUGUACUUUUUAAUACCAGUAAUACUAUCAUCUGAUUUUGGGUGUUGCAGAGCAUGUAGAUUUACCACCUGUAGAGCAAACUGGUCCAGUUCCAAAUACACUUCAGAACGAGCUUCCUGCAGCAUUACUGAAAUUGGAACAUUCGAUGCAUGUACCAGUAAAUGUGGCAGUGCAAGGGAUGUGAAUCAGCUGUUCAAAGUAGGUCUGAUCUACUUGCUCAUUACAAACUCCACCAUCCCCACUUUGGCCGCACCACAAACUACCCCUGCACAUAUACAGAUUGUCCCUGUACUUUUAAAACGUGGAACGCUCUGAUUGUUCACCAGAGUAGAGUGCACGGCACACAAUUAGGCCAGACCUUAGAUCAGUUAAACACCUUCUCGUGUCAUCUAUGUAGCUGUUCCAAUUUGCCAAACGAAAGGGAGUACUUCAUUCAUGUCAACACACAUCUGAGGAAAAAUGAAGUUGUGUCUUGCAUGUUCACUGGCUGUACUUUUCAAACAAGUGUUUAUGGCACAUUUAAGUCUCACAAAAGUCGCCUCCAUAAUCCACAUACCCUAGCUGAUUUUAGACCUGAAAUUGUUAGGAGAACUGCUGUACCCUUACCUCCAUCGUCAUCUGAUUUGGGUGUUACAGAGGGUGUAGAAGAGGAUUUACCACCUGUAGAACAAGCGGUCCCUCACAGUCCAGUUCCAAAUACACUUCAGAAGGAGCUUGCUGCAGCAUUACUGAAAUUGGAACAUUUGGUGCUUGUGCCAGGUACAGCAAUUGAUGAUUUUUUACAGAACCUCCACUUCUUACUGACCACUGCAUCAGCAUCUCUUUUCCGUGGUUCAUUAAAUGCAAUACUUGAAAGUCACAACCUACAGAUUGAUGACUCAGUGGUAACUGAAAUAGUUACUGCAGCAAUAUCUAGCCCAGUUCAUCAAGCCAUUGAAAAGGGUGGCUCACUCAGUACCACUUACCAACGUAAAGUGUUUUACAAGAAAGAAUUUGAUGUUGUGGAACCAGUUACUUACACUCUAGACCACAAGAAAAAACGUACUUUUCAAUACGUUCCCCUACUGAAGUCUUUGCAGAACACCCUAAACUGCCAAGCGAUUCUUGAUAAAGUCAUUGACAACCAUAGAGGUCAGCAGGAAUCUCAGCUAGAACCUUUGUUUGAAUUAAGGGCUCCUGAAGAUGGUGUAUAUUUCAGGAGUAAUGCUUUUUUGAAUUCAGAUGAACUGAGAUUGUCAUUGCGCCUCUUCGUAGAUGACUAUGAAACCUGCAAUGUUCUUGGGACAUCUAGAAACAAACACAAGCUUUGUGGAAUUUACUGGGUUUUAGGAAACCUACCACCUGGUUCCCACUCAUCAUUAUCGUCAAUUUUCCUUACAGUGCUUUGCAAAAGUGUUGAUAUCAAAACAUACGGGUUUAACAAAGUGUUAGAACCUCUCCUGCGUGAUGUGAAAGUGCUGGAAGACUUUGGUGUGUAUGUACCUCUUCUAGGAAAAUGCUGCCCACGACCUUCUUGA